CUUUUCCUGCUCGGUAAUAAGAAACUUACCGCAAGAUGAAACCUUCAUGUACAGUCAGAUGUCAGGAGUCGAAGAAGUUGAUCGAAUGAAGACUUAAGAAAGAGACAGAGGAGUGAAGUGAAUAUCAUCAUGUCCAGCAGAGUUGGCGGAGUGGCUGUUGCUCAAAAACAGGCUCUCAGGAGAAAUGGGAGUUGUAAUUUACCUCCUCAAUUGAGUGAUCUAAGGAUUGUUCUUCUGGGCAAGAACGUGGCAGAAAACAGUCAAGUGGGAAACUUCCUGUUAGGACGAGCAGCGUUUGACAGUGAAGCUCCUCCAGAUGUUGUAGAGCGAGUCGGAGGAAGACUGAAGGACAGACAUGUGACCAUCAUCAACAGUCCUCAGCUGCUCCAGACAAACAUCUCAUGGUAUCAGAUGAGACAGACAGUGAGAGAGUGUGUGUAUCUGUCUGAUCCAGGACCUCAUGUGAUCGUGCUGCUCCUCAAACAUGAGCAGUGUUCAACAGAAGAUCACGAGUGUGUGGAGAAGGUGCUGCACUCUUUCUCUGACUGUGUUUAUCAACACACCAUGAUGCUCACGACACAAGAGACCAAUGAAACCAAUGACAUCCUACAGAAAAUCAUUCAGAAAUGUGCAAACAGACACUUCAGUCUGCAGAGAAGCAGCUCUCCAGAUGAUCUUCUCAAGAUGUUUGAGGACAUUGUGAAAAUGAAUGAUGGACAUCACCUGGUUUGUGCUGAAUAUGAAGCUCCACAGAGUCUGACAGUGAAACAACAGCCAAUAGAAAGAUAUGGUGUGAAGCUGAAUCUGGUUGUGUGUGGAAGUGACGGGACAUUGAAAUCCUUCAUAUCAGAGCGGAUCCUCCAGCAGACAGACAGAAGAUCAGAUGUGGAGCUUCAUGGACAUCAGAUCAGUCUGGUGGAGCUUCCAGCUCUGUUUAACAUUCGGCGCUCAGAGGAGGAAGUGAUGCGUCAGACUCUUCACUGUGUGUCUCUCUGUGAACCUGGAGUUCAUGUUUUCCUCCUCAUUAUUCCUGAUGCUCCACUAACUGAUGAAGACAAAGCAGAAAUGGAGGAGAUACAGAGGAUUUUCAGCUCAAGAAUCAACAAACACAUUAUGAUCCUCAUAAUGCAGGAUUCAGAGCAUCAGACAGAAGAACUCAAUGCAGAAACACAGUCUGUCUUUGAGAGUUUUGGAGGACGACAUCAUUUCUUUGGUCCCAGCACACAAGUGUCCACAUUGAUGGAGAAAAUCGAGCAGAUGCUGGAAGAAAACAGAGGACAGUAUUUCUCUGCAGAGACAUUUUUGGAGGCUCAGAUGAAAAAACUGCUGCAAUUUGAAGAGAUGAAGAAAAAAAUGCAUUCAUUAGAGACACAUUUUCUGUCCAAGGGUCCAACAGACAGCCAAGAUGAUCUGAGGAUUGUGCUGCUGGGAAAAACUGGAGUUGGGAAGAGUGCUACUGGAAACACCAUCUUAGGAAGAAAUGCAUUCAAAGCAGAAGAAUCUUUUCAAUCAGUGACCAGUGAGACUCAGAGAGAAACAGUCGAAAUCAACGGCCGACAAAUUACUGUGAUCGACACUCCAGGACUGUUUGAUACUGAACUUACUAAUGAAGAGAUCCAGAAAGAAAUCACAAACUGCAUCUCCAUGGUACUACCUGGACCACAUGUGUUUCUCUUACUGAUACCACUGGGACGAUUCACUCCAGAAGAAGCUAAAUCAGUGAAGAUCAUCCAAGAGACGUUUGGUCAAAACUCUUUAAUGUACACCAUGGUGCUCUUCACCAGAGGAGAUGGUCUGAAGAACAAAACUAUUGAACAGUGUUUGGGGAAACCUGGAUCUCUUUUGAUGAAUCUAAUAGAAGCUUGUGGAAACAGAUACCAUGUGUUCAAUAAUAAUCAGACUGAAGACCGAACACAGGUGUCUGGUCUGCUGGAGAAGAUAGACCCCAUGGUGGAAGCAAACGGUGGAAGUUUCUACUCAUGUAAGAUAUUCAGAAAGAUGGAAGAGAAAAACAAGAACAACAAAUGA